GAGGUGGUGGGAGCUGAAUGGGGUGUGGGCUCAUUUCUAUUCGUCCACAGACAUCUCCGCAAUCUUCUUUUCUCUUUUUUAAUUCCCCCUUGGAUAUAAAUCGGAGAAAUAGUGUCCAUCGAGUUUGCUGCCACCUGGGCUCAACCCAGCUGAAUCGGUUUUGGAGGAUACCCUUGCUGCAACCCUCUGGGUGUGCUUUUAGGAGGAGAAGAAGCUAAAGCAAUUUGGGAUCAUUGCUGUAGUUUGAGGAAAAGCAUUUCUUUUGACUUCGAAGAGAGGUACCAGGAGGAUCUGUGUGAUGUCCUGAUCUCUCCCCAUUUGCCCUGCUGAGCAUGGGGUAACAGUGUUUGACCAUGGUGGUCACCCAGUUACAAUUGGAACUGUGCUUCCAUGGCAAGAAGCUGAGAGGUUUCACCUGCAAGUUGACCAGGUCAGCCAAUGGAUUUCUCCCAGAGACUUCAUUCUCCAUUGCCUCCCAGAUUUUCAUGCCGUUCCUUCUGGCUGGCUUGGGCAUGGUAGCUGCUGGCCUCUUGAUGGAUGUUGUUCAACACUGGGAUGUGUUUCGGACAAUUACGGAAGUUUUUAUCCUGGUUCCUGCCUUGGUUGGCCUGAAGGGUAAUCUUGAGAUGACGCUGGCAUCCAGGCUCUCUACUGCUGCUAACACUGGACAGAUGGAUGAUGCCCAGAAGCAAUGGAAAAUGGCCACCUGCAAUUUAGCCCUUAUCCAGGUCCAGGCCACCGUGGUGGGACUUCUGGCUGCUGUUGCUGCUGUGAUCCUCGGAGCCAUCUCCAAGGGCUCUGUGGAGCUGAGCCAGGCUGCUGUGCUGUGUGCCAGCAGCGUGACCACAGCCUUCAUAGCUGCGCUUUCUCUUGGUCUGGUGAUGAUUGGCGUGAUCAUCGGAGCAAGGAAAGUUGGGAUCAAUCCAGACAAUGUUGCCACACCCAUAGCAGCAAGCCUUGGAGACUUGAUAACCCUUUCCCUGCUGGCAGGAAUCAGCAGUACACUCUUCAAAUACAUAGAACUGGAAUAUAUGAAAUACCUUUCUCCUCUGAUCUGUGUUGUCUUCAUUGUCAUGAUCCCUCUCUGGGUUGCUAUCGCCAAGCAAAGUCCUUCCCUUGCUGAAGUUCUGAAAUCUGGAUGGCAGCCCGUCAUUGUUGCAAUGAGCAUCAGCAGCAUUGGUGGGCUCAUCUUGGACAAAACUGUAACUGACCCAAACUUUGAAGGCAUGGCAGUUUUCACGCCUGUGAUUAAUGGUGUUGGAGGGAAUCUGGUCGCCAUCCAGGCCAGCCGUAUUUCUACAUUCCUGCAUUUCUGGAGCAUGCCUGGAGUUUUGCCAUACAAGAUGAGGCAGAAUUGGCCCAACCCAUGCACCACAUUCUUCUCAUCAGAGGUGAAUUCCAAGUCGGCCCGAGUCCUGUUUCUCCUGGUUAUCCCAGGGCACCUCGUGUUUCUCUACACCAUCCAUCUGCUGCAGGGAGGCCACACGUCUCUGUCCUUCACCUUUGUGAUGUUCUAUCUGACUGCUGCUUUGCUGCAGGUGGGAAUCCUGCUCUACAUGGCCGACCUAAUUGUGCGCCUGAUGUGGAGGAAGGCACUGGAUCCGGAUAAUUUCUCCAUCCCCUACCUCACUGCCCUGGGGGAUCUCCUGGGCACUGGAUUCCUGGCCGUCUGUUUCCGCCUGGUUUGGCUUAUCCACGGUGCAGACAUGAACCUGGGGAACUGA